AGAAGUCCCAGCAUCCCAAGCGAUACAGCUAGCAAGCCAAACCGGCUUUUGACAAAUAUUUCCUAUAACAAAUCAUUUGUGGGUGCAAAACCUAUUUCAGAUUAAUACAUAGGAAACGGACGUUAUUGAUGUUGCAUACUGAAUAGGUCUGUAUGUUCUGGCUAACAUAAAUGUGCCACAACAACCCUAAAUCGUUGCAACAAAACAAAAAUACUAACUCAGCUAGCUAAUGUUUUUAGCCUUAGUUCACAGACGAACACGUUAGUUAUAAGUUCUCUGGCUAGGUAGCUAUUUUACUCGAUUACAAGCUCGGGUACAUCAAGCAAUGUCAGGACGAAAGAGGACGCAAAUAUCCGUACCUGAGUCCGAGGACCAAGUAAAAAAGUGCGUGUCACUGAGACAGGUGAGGUCUACCGACCACGAGAGCGGUGAUGUUAAACCAGGGACAGUGAAGAGUCAGUACUUCUCCAAGGAGGGGGACCCUCAAAGGCUUGGAGAAGAGUUCUUCAACCAGCCCUGUAUAAGUUUGGCUAAAGCAUUCCUAGGCAAGGUAUUGGUGCGUCGGAGUGCGGAUGGCACUGAGCUGAGAGGGAGGGUGGUGGAGACUGAGGCCUACCUGGGAGGAGAGGACAAGGCCUCUCACUCUGCUGGGGGAAAAUGCACUGAGAGGAACACAGCGAUGUUUAUGAAACCCGGCACCAUCUAUGUGUACCCCAUCUACGGCAUCUACCUCUGUAUGAAUGUUUCCAGUCAAGGGGAGGGUGCUGCCGUGCUUCUGCGGGCUCUGGAGCCUCUACAUGGCUUGCCUCUAAUGAGGCAGCUGCGGACAGCCAGGCGGAGAGAGGGGGCCCGGCCCCUGAAGGACAAGGAGCUAUGCAAUGGUCCCUCAAAGCUGUGCCAAGCCCUGGACAUACCACGCUUCUUCGACCGGAGAGACCUAGCCUCAGAGCCAGAGGUGUGGCUAGAGAGGGACCCCCAGAUAGGACCGCAAGAGCCAGGCCUCAGGGAGGUGGUCUCAGCAAGCCGGAUCGGCAUUGACUCUCAUGGGGAAUGGGCCACCAAACCCCUGCGCUUCUAUCUGCGUGGUCACCACUGUGUGAGUGUAGUGGACAAACAGGCAGAGACAGAGAGUUGAAAUUGGGAAUAUUUUUGGAAUUGUAUCAAACCAUGAUGAGUACAUAAGUACAUAACGUUUUUUCUUAACUAUAACCAGCUUUUUACAGACAAUGCUAGAGCAAGUGAAAACUUGUCAGCUAUGAGCUAUUUCAGUCAUUUGGUCUAGCUAUAGGCAAAUCAUUGCAAAAGACCCAAAGCCAAAAUGUUUGCUCCGAGGGGAAUCCAGACUCAAUAGAUACACACAUUGUUGCACAAACACAAAUCCCACAGAUAUGGAAUAUGCCAUAUUUGUAUGCUACAAAUGAUUAAACUACAUUCCAAACAUCUGUAAAAUAUUUGAUCUAGCCUCCCCUCCCUGCUAUCAAAGCAACUAGAAUUUCCAUUCCAGUCAUUCUCAAUCUUCCACCUGUUUUUUAAUAAAAGUCCUUGCUUGAAAAGUUAUUUUGUAAUCAUUGAUUUCACAGAUGUUUGGAACGUCGUGCUCCUUCUUUCAAAGCAGAAACAGCAUGUCUGAUGUUUGGCAUCUUUUCAUUCUUUCCCUCCCACAGACUCCUGGGGGAGGCAGCCUAGGUUGUUUUCCUACAUUGUGUUUGUUGGAGAUGAUUUAUCACUUUUGGGAAUCCCCCAAAUGGAAAGGCUCAAGUGGAGUACAGUGUUUAAACUGCCCAAUUUAUAGGUGUCACUAAAGCUCUUCACACACUGUUAUUCAAUCAUGUAGUAUUGAAAACAAGGCAUUGAACGUAAAACAUCUAAGAGACAAAGGGACAAAUUAAAUCAUCUAAAAGUUACAUACAUUUACUCACAUUCCCCCAAGCAGAGCAGACAGUUAUGCUUUUUUAAAUCAGUAUUUUUCUGGUGCAUUGAUAGAUGAGUACAGUAUAUUAGUUACCUCAAAUUGCAAUAUUAUCCAGUUGGCUGAAAGCAGCAAGCACCAUAAUAAGGCCUUUGUACAGCAGCAGUCUGUAUCAUUCUGUCUGUCUGGUAUUUCAGAAAGGGUCCUUCAUCUCAUGACAGACCUCUCUACUCCAGAGGAGAGUGGAAGAGGGAGAUGACAGACCUCUACUCCAGAGGAGAGUGGAAGAGGGAGAUGACAGACCUCUACUCCAGAGGAGAGUGGAAGAGGGAGAUGACAGACCUCUACUCCAGAGGAGAGU